AGCCAGGUUAUAAAAGUCAGCAUAUUUUUCUCCUACUUUGAGCAGUUCUAGAAGAGAAAGGAAGAAACAGGACGCGUAUUUCAUUUUAAAAACAGUUGUGAUAAAUAUUACAGUAAGCCUGUUAAAGAGUGGAUGUAGUACUAGUAACACAGCCACAUCUAAUUGUGAUCUGUUGAUCAAACUCGAGCAUUUGGAAGUGAAUAGAGAAACUGAGCAUUGUGACCGAGUUUUUAGACUGAAUUAUUCAAUACCAAAGACAACAAAACCAGCUCAAUCAUUCUUUGUAAACUAACAAAGAGACGGUCAUACAUGGCAGAAGCACUAGCAGCAGAUAUCGAAGAGAAUAUCUUGACAUGUAGCAUCUGUCUGGGAAAGUAUGAGGACCCCCAUGUGCUGCCUUGCCACCAUACAUUUUGCUACGGUUGUAUAUGUGACCAUGCUAAGCGCAACCUGACUCCAAAUAGGACAUUUCUUUGUCCUAUUUGUAAAGAACAGGUCCAGUUUCCAGAUGGUGGACUUACUCAGCUGAAAAAGAACUUUUCCUUCUGCAGGACCAAGGAAAUCAAAGCCCAGGAACGAGCUAGAUGGACAUUAGAAGAGGAACAGGUCAAUGUAGCAGCGGUGGCACAGGCCAUUGCACAGAUGGCCAUCAGCUGUGAGAAACAUGCAAAUAAAGAAUUAAAAUACUACUGUGAAGAUGACGAUACUGUUAUAUGUGGCCAGUGUAUAGCAACAGAACAUGGUGGACAUCGUAUUUCAGCAGUUGACACAGUUGCAAAAAGCAAAAGAGAAGAAAUUAAAGCUGCUCUUGAUAAAAUGAUGAAAAUGGACAACAAGUUUAAAAAGGCACUUGCUAUGGGAACAGCCAAUGAAACAGAGGACUCUUAUAUUAUGACAGUCACUAUCAAUAACAUAAAAGAACAAGCUCAGAGUAUGCACAAAUUCAUUGAUCAGAGAGAAGAGACACUAAUAUCAGAAGUGAAUUCCGCUUACAAUAUCAGAAAGAAGCAAAAGGAGGCAAAAAAGAACAUUCUUGAAUCCCACCAUGACUCCUUGCACAGUGCCUGUGACUUUGCCCAGCAACUCUUGACAAAUGGCACUAACUCUGAUAUCAUGGUUCAUGCAAAAUCUCUGAUAGAAAGACUUGCAAUGAUAGACAAAACACCGGUCCCGACUCCAGACACACCAGCACAGAUAUCAUACAGUCCAGGUAAGAUAUCUACUGCUGGGCUGGAAGCCAUGUUAGGACAGGUUAUGGUGCCGUCACAGCCUUCAUUAGCUGGACAGGAAACAAAUCCACGAUCACCACCAUAUCCGCCUGUUUUCUUAGAGAAGGCAAAGUGUGUGCAUUCCUUCAGUACUAAGCUGGUAUAUGACAGAGCAAAUGACAUUAACGGGUUAGCCAUAGAUGACGAACAAAUAUUUGUUGUGGAUAAUGGCGCUGAAAGCACAAAAAUAUUCACAGAUGUUGGGGGUUUCAAGUAUGGUAUUAAAAUAAACAGAGUAUCUGAUAUAGCUGUAUCACAGACUGGUCACCUGUAUAUAACAUCAUGGGGUGACAAAUGUGUCAAAGUGUACUCCAACAGAGGUCGGCAGGUGACAACCAUGGGUCAGGAUCAACUGGAGAUGCCACUGGGUAUUACACUAAACAGACAAGGUGAUGUGAUGGUUUGUGACAAAAGAAGAAAAUCCAUCUUCACAUUCCAUGCAGAUAGUGGACAGCUCCUGAACACUAUUCCACUCAGUAUGAGUGGAAGCCCACAGAACAUCACAGUGAACAGUGUGAAUGACAACAUUGUGAUAUCAGACCCAGGCUGGAAUAAGCACUGUGUACAUGUGCUGUCACCUACUGGUGAUCAGCUGUACCAGUAUGGCAGCGGAGGUAGUGGUGAUGGUCAGCUGAUGUCACCACAGGGAGUGUGUACAGACAGCUAUGGUCACAUCUUUAUUGCUGACUGUCUUAACCACAGGAUAGUGGCACUGAGUCCACAAGGACAGUUUAUCAGAUACAUUGCCACCAUGGUUGAUGAGUUGAAGCGUCCAACAGCGUUAGCCAUGAACCCCAUUGGCCACCUGGUGGUGGCAGAGGCAGAGGGACAAAUUAAAACAUUUCAGUGCUUCCAAUAAAUACUGAUCACAUUGUACACUCAUGAAAAUAUAUCACAAUACUGAUAUUUAUAAAAUCCUUAUGUUGCCACUGAUUGUGAUGAUAAAUUGUGGGAACCACAACAUAAGGUAUAGUUAGUUUACUGAGAAGCUGUGAUAGCAGAGUGUAAGAGAAACUAUUCUGAUUUAUAUCAUAAUACUGUUUUUAUUUAAUACCAUUACAGUGUAUUUGAAAGUACAUUAUUCAUCUUUUCUUAAUUCUGUACUUUACAGAAAUGUUUUAUUUUCAUUUCAAAUACAUGAAAAGUCUGAGUUAUGUAUAAUUUUUUUUUUAUCUAAGCAAUGUAUGGACGUAGCUGCACAUGUUUAUUUAAAUCAGCCUUUACGGGAACUGGUGAGAGUUAUUAAUUGCGCCGAGGAAAAUGCAGAAAAAAAAUACAGAAAAUGUCACUCAUACAGAACUUCAGGUGGAUUAGAGUAAAAAGUCACAUAUUUAAAAUGCCUGUGUUUGAAAAUUGA